AACAAAAGCAGCAGCUGCAGGAACCGUAUCCCACACCUGACCGGUCGUGAUGGAGGUGAUGUACCGGAGACGGGACUGUAGCCAGACGGAAAACGGCAGGAUAUAAGGACUUCUGUUGGUGUUUGGGUGUCUCUUUACACGAGGCACAAAGACCCGCCGUGAAUACAAAAGCAGCGCCGAGGAGAGGACGCGAUGGCGGGGGAAGCAGCAGCAGCAGCAGCAGCAGCCAGAGCCGGCUGCACAUCCACCCCAGAGAUACUUCUCUGAAAUAACCAGCAAGUUUGGAAAGAGGGUUAUUGUUGCAAGAGAAGCUCCAGCAUGUCGGAUCCGAGUCAGUGGUCUGGGCUUUCGAGCCAAAACAAGUCCCAUUUUGUUCCGGGAACCUUGCUGAAGCGCUCAAAAAGCUGUCGCAGCAACAACAGGAAGAGCCUUGGUAUCGGGACACCCUCGCCCACACUGUCCCGGCCGCUCUCCCCGUUAUCACUCCACACCGCUGCGAGCAGCCCUCUAGACAGCCCACGAAAUGUGUCAACUAGUGCCUGCAUCAAUUUUCCAUUUGCCCGAAGUCACUUGGCUCGUGCUGACAGAGCUGAGGGCCGGCGAUGGUCUCUGGCAUCCCUCCCUUCAUCUGGUUAUGGAACCAAUCCCCCAAGUUCCACCGUCUCGUCUUCCUCAUCUUCCCAGGAACGUCUUCACCAGCUUCCCUACCAGCCGACACAAGAUGAGCUGCACUUCCUUUUCAAGCACUUCCGCAGCUCAGACAGCAUCACGGACGAGGAUGGCCGACCCUCACCAGUCAUGCGUCCUCGGUCUCGGAGCCUCAGCCCUGGGCGAACAAGUGUCUCCUUUGAUCAUGAGAUAGUCAUGAUGAACCACGUUUACAGGGAGCGUUUUCCAAAGGCCACGGCGCAGAUGGAGGAGCGCUUGUUGGAGAUUGUCACUCAGUGCUCUCCAGACAGCUCCCUCCCGUUGGCUGACGGGGUGCUCGGCUUCAUCCAGCACCAGCUGGUUGAGCUGGUCAGGGACUGUCUGGACAAGUCGCAGAGCGGCCUGGUUACAACUCGUUAUUUUGCUGAGCUGCAGGAGAAGCUGGAUAAGCUGCUUCACGAGGCGUAUGAACGCUCUGAAAGCGAGGAGGUGACUGUCACCACUCAGCUGGUGAAGAAGAUCCUCAUGGUCAUCUCGCGGCCGGCUCGUCUCCUUGAAUGCCUGGAGUUUGACCCAGAGGAGUUUUAUCACCUACUUGAGGCAGCGGAGGGCCACGCCAAAGCGGGUCAGGGGAUCAAGACAGACAUCCCUCGCUACAUCAUCAGUCAGCUGGGUCUGACCCGAGACCUGUUAGAAGACAUGGUGCAGCUUGAACAGUUUGACGCCAGUCCGUCGGUGUCAGUGGAACCAGACACAACAGGAGAGACUAAGACACCACAGAUGCUGACUCCAACUCGAAGAAAACCUCUUGAAAGUGAUUUUGAGACCAUCAAACUCAUCAGUAAUGGAGCUUAUGGGGCGGUAUAUCUAGUCCGCCACAAGGAGACCCGGCAAAGGUUUGCCAUGAAAAAAAUAAAUCGUCAGAACCUGGUGCUGAGGAACCAGAUCCAGCAGGCGUUCGUGGAGCGGGACAUCCUAACCUUUGCUGAGAACCCUUUUGUUGUUUCCAUGUUCUGCUCUUUCGAGACACGACGACACCUCUGCAUGGUCAUGGAGUAUGUAGAAGGUGGAGAUUGUGCCAACUUGUUGAAGAACAUGGGCCCGCUGCCUGUGGAAAUGUCAAGAAUGUACUUUGCUGAAACAGUCCUGGCACUGGAGUACCUUCACAACUAUGGCAUUGUGCAUCGCGAUCUUAAACCUGACAAUUUGUUGAUCACAUCCAUGGGCCACAUCAAGCUGACGGACUUUGGUCUGUCCAAAAUUGGCUUGAUGAACAUGACCACCAACCUGUAUGAGGGACACAUUGAAAAAGAUACAAGAGAAUUUGUGGACAAACAGGUGUGUGGGACUCCAGAGUACAUUGCUCCAGAGGUGAUUCUCCGGCAGGGCUAUGGGAAACCAGUGGACUGGUGGGCGAUGGGAAUCAUCCUCUAUGAAUUCCUCGUUGGCUGUGUUCCCUUUUUUGGAGACACCCCUGAAGAGCUUUUUGGACAGGUUGUCAGUGAUGAAAUCAUUUGGCCCGAGGGAGACGAUGCCUUGCCUGCCGAGGGUCAGGACAUGAUCACCCGCUUGCUGAGGCAGAACCCUUUAGACCGACUGGGAACAGGUGGAGCCUCAGAAGUCAAGCAGCACCCCUUCUUCUUGGGUUUGGACUGGAAUGGGCUCCUCCGGCAAAAAGCCGAGUUCAUUCCUCAGCUGGAGGCAGAGGAUGAUACCAGCUACUUUGACACUCGUUCAGACCGCUACCAUCAUUUGGCAUCUGACGAAGAUGAGGAGACAAACGACGAGGAGUCUUUGGAAAUCAGACAGUUUUCCUCCUGGUCACACCGCUUCAGCAAGGUUUACAGCAGCACAGAACAUCUGGCGACACCCUCCAAUCUGAGCUUUUCUUCAGACCGCAGCCACAGUGAAGACAAGGAAGACCGCAGCGACGUGGCGGGAGUCAGUUUGUGUCUUAGUCAAGCAGACUGCAGUCUGGAAAACAGACAUUCUGGGCGUAUGGCCAGCCUUCGCCCCAGGGCCUCGUCCAGCUCCUCCCAGUCUGAGAGAAGCACCAGUUCUCUGGUGAUGAGCAGCACUCACAGCCUGGAGACGAUGCCCCGCUUCGCCCUCUCCACUGACGACGAGGCUGAGGUGGUGGUGUCAAAUAUUCGAAGGAUCAGGAUUCGAAGCAACAGCACUGGAGCCAAACACUCGUCUCCCAAGGAUCCAGCAGCUCCUCGGCGCUUCGGAAACCAGCUGGAGACGCCGGACAGACAGAGGCUUCCCUGCGGCGGGAAGGUUCCCAAGUCGGCCUCCGUCUCAGCCCUCUCCCUCAUCAUCACCCCAGAUGACUCACCCAGUGGCCUCCAGCCCUGCCCCCUCUCCCCACGUUCGCUGUCUUCCAACCCCUCAUCCCGCGACUCGUCCCCUAACAGGGAUCUGUCCUUCAGCCCGGGCAGCCUGAAGCCCCCUAUUAUCAUCCACACCUCAGGGAAGAGGUACGGCUUCACGGUGCAGGCCAUCCGGGUCUACAUGGGUGACAGCGACGUCUACACGGUGCAUCACAUGGUGUCGAGUGUGGAGGAGGGCAGCCCGGCUCAUGAGGCCGGUCUCCGCACCGGAGACCUCAUCACCCACGUGAACGGAGAGUCCAUUCAGGGCCUGGUCCACCCAGAGAUGAUAGAGCUGCUGCUAAAGAGCGGGAGUAAGGUGGCUCUUCAGACCAUCGCUCUUGAGAACACAUCUAUCAAAGUCGGUCCAGCUCGGAAAACCAAACACAAAGGCAAGAUGGCUCGUCGCAGCAAGAAGAGCAAGAAGAGAGAUAAUUACGACAGACGACGAAGUAUCUUGAAGAAACUGUCCAAGCAAAGCUCGGUGAUGCACAACAGUCGAAGCUUCUCCUCGGGUCUCCAUCACUCGGUUUCCUCCAGUGAAAGCCUUCCAGGUUCCCCAACGCACAGUCUCUCCCCCGGCCCCUCCACCCCCUGCAGGAGCCCUGCACCAGACCAUCCAGGCUGUGACAAUAACUCUCCUCAGAGCACAUCUCCUUCCUCCAGCUCUCCCAGUUCCCCCGCUGCUCACAUUCGGCCUAACUCGCUCCACGGUCUGGGCUCCAAGCUCAACACCCAGCGCUACACUAAGGUGGGCCGUCGGAAAUCCACCAGUAACAUCCCGCCCUCUCCUCUGGCCUGCAACUCCUCUUCAGCCUCCAAUCAGCCAUUGUCCCCCCAGCGCUCACCCUCUCCACUGCCAGGUUUCGCCAAAACCCUUCACACCUUUCACGGUAAAACCCUGUCACCCCCCACUAUCGUUCGACACAUCGUCCGGCCCCGCAGCGCAGAGCCGCCUCGAUCUCCGCUGCUCAAGAGGGUGCAGUCGGCCGAGAAGCUCUCCGGGGUGUAUCACGCGGACAAGAAGUCGUACGCCCCCCGCAGGCACACGCUGGAAGUGCCGUUUUACUGUGAGGGGGACCUGCUAGGCGACGCCGAGGCCGACGGAGCCUGUGGAGGCUUUUACAUCGGUGCUGACCACAGCAGACUGGGCCCCUACAUGGGCAGCCAAAGAUCGGAACAGCUGGUUGUUAUGCGGAAGCUAAACCUGUCGGAGCGCCGAGACUCCUUUAAAAAGCAAGAGGCGGUGCAGGAGGUGAGCUUUGACGAGCCAGAAGAGAAAACCAGCAGCAUGGUGUCAGACUCUGCCACGACCCCAGCUGUCCAAAUGCAGCCGCCCCGGCAGCAGCAGCAGCGGCACGGGAUGGGCUGGAUGGUCACGCGGCCCCAGAGCGAAGAGGACGUGGAACUGCAAGUGCCAACGGUGAGGAGGUUCACCCUGGUGCCCCAGAUCGCCGUGCAGGGCUCGACGGAGAGUGAAGAUCAGGACGAGUGGGAGCCUUGCUCAGAUGGAGAGAAUUCCAACGAAAACCCAGAGCUGGAGAUGGCUUCAUCCCGGCAGUGUGAAACUGGACUCCCUCAUCUUGAAAGUAAUCAGGCAGCAAGAACCACUUCCACUGAUCCACCUUCAGAGAAGAUGCGUUGCAGAGAGGACCCCCCUCAAAAAGGACAUGCAAGAAAGUGACUCCUUAUGGCUGCUCUCAUUUCAGUUCCUCACCGCUGUUCUUUAAAGCCUCUCCAAAGGAACAUGACAUGAAGCCGCAUUGUUUCCCAUCUGAACCAGAUGAACUGCGAGCUGAACACGUAUGUAUACAGGUGAAGGAGUGGGAGAAUGUUUUACUUGAAUUUUGUAUUGUAAAUAUUUGCCUAAAGGCAAUGCAGACUCCCUGGUCGUAUUUAUUACAUUUGUAAAUUAUAAUGAGCUCAUGACAGGGAAAGAGGAAGAUUCCUAUUGUUUGAAUUGCAAAGGCUCUACUUUUUUGUAUCCGUAAAGUGUGGUUUUAUGUCUUUCAAAUGACGAUUUUUUUUUUUUUUCUAAAAAUGUCUAUUUUUUAAGUAAAUUGUGACAAUGCAGGGAUAAAGCUGGGUUAUUGUAGGACCACAAAGUGUGAGAAGUUGUUAUGCAGGUUAGGAUUAUUUCUUUUUUUUUUUCCCCACUUAGUGUUAAUGUAAAUUCAAUAGAACGGUAUCUGUAGUACUGAUAUUGACUAUCACAAACUUUUCAGUUUUCACCUAGAUGAAGCUCAUCGAUUUAAGCUUUUUUUGAAUAAUUUUCCACCUCUGAAUCUCCUCUGCCACUACGAAACACUUCAGUCUUUCAUGACACUACAGAUGUUAUUCAUAUGAACGGGGGGAAAAUAAGCCACUGACUUGUUAUCCAGGCUCCUGCUUAGAAUUUAUUGUCACAGAAUUCUUGUUUUUUGUUUUUUUUUGUAAUUACAUGAAAUCAGUCGUGCGGGCGAUGAUGGAAGUCAUGCUGAGACGCCACCUGGCUGUGACUUUGAAGUUAAAUCUGUGAUGAAGUCAUGAUGAAACGGACUCAAAGGGUGUGAUGUGCCACAUUAUCAAAGCACCGUCCUCAUAAGCCAUGUCUUUUGAUUGUAGAGCUGUCUGUGGAAAUGUAGUCUGUAAUUUCAACUGACUGAGAAUUAGUUGUAUCUCUCUUCUCUGGUCGUGUAUUCUUGACUGGGUGUUGGCAAAUUUUGAGAUACUUUUAAUACUGAUGUGGCUUAGCCUUGCAUUGUGGUGCAACUAUCUUUAUUUUACCCCAUUCAAACUAGGAAAAAAAUAUUAAAAAUGCAAGAUGCGAGUUUUCUUCAGAGCUGGAGCAUCAUCUCUGUUAAAACAUUUUUAUAUUCAUCUCUGGGCUUUCUUUCCUUUUGAACUUUAAAACAUUUUUACAUCCUCCUUCUAAUUUUUUUAUGUUUUUUUUUUUUUUUUUUUUUCUCAUACAAACCAUGAGGCAAACCAUGUUUGUCCUCAUUUUUCUCCUCAGAGUUGUGACGGAGGCCAUGCAUAAGUGACCUGUUCCUACCUACUUUACUGUGUAGCCAUGUUUACAUCGGAGGGGGAAGUGCACUAUUUUGACAUUCAUUUUGUAACUAAAUGUGAAAGGUAAACUGGAAACAGCAGAACCCAGGGCUUCUUUGAAUAAAUGUUACACUUGUCUUGUACUGUUUUGUACGAAUAUUGAUGUAUAUUUUGGUAUCAUGCUUGUCUAUAAUUCCAAACGUGUUGGAGUAUGUCACAAGGUACGCACAAUGACAAUUUGAAGCACCUGAACUUUUGAAAACUCUUAACGCAAGGGAGUAAUUUGGUUUUUGUGUUUUGUUGGGUUUUUUUUUUCCUCUACUAUGAACCAUCAUUUCAGAAUUCAGGUGUUAUUUCAUAUUUGUACAGGUGUUUUUUGGGGUGGGGUUUUCUUGGUCGGUGGCUGUUUCUAAAUUUUGUAUUUACUUCCUCAGUCUUCUGUUUUUUUUUUCUUCCCCUAAAUCAGAAUUGUUAAUAUGUUCCUUAAACCUCUUUCUUUUUUCUUUUUUUUUUUUAAGUCCUUAAAUCUUGUGACGACAACCUAAGUGAUACUCUUUUUGAACAGAUCACUGAAUGGCUCUCUAAUAUUUGCAGUCUGACAGAUUUGUUUGCAAUGAACAAACGUGAUGUACGGUACAAUUUAUGUCAUGCGGCUGUGUAUAAGGAAACUAUCCUCUUUGAUACAAUGAAGGAAAACUACUCUCACAAAGGUUACAUGGGUUACUGUUUCUAAAUAACUGUUCCUGAACAGUAAUCUAGCACCAAACGGGUGUUUUUGUGGGGUUACAUGCACAUUAGUAGCAAGAUCUUUGUUGGGUUGAGGGAAGCUUGAUUUGCACUUACAUUUCUGCUUCUGUAGAAGUUAAAAUUGACUCUGUGUACUAAACUGGGGUGGCAAUGAGGUUUUAACAGCUGCACGUACGAAUAUGAGACAUUAGUCUUACAGGGAAAGUAAUAGUGUAGCAAGCUGAACAUGAAAUAUCCGCUAUGGGUUUGUACAGAGAAACCACGCUCAAGCCACAUAAACUAAAACAGUCACACACUUGCCAGAAUGGAGCAAAAACAGGCUAAUCAAGUUCUGUAAUGUUCAGGGGUGAUCUCUGAGAGGAAAUGUAUUAGAGGUUUUCUGAAGUAAUGUGGUUUCUUAUGUGAAUAUAAGCAUACUUGGUCACUGUGCUGCUCUCCAAGAGUUAAGGUUCAUGUUGCUUAAGGUACCGGAGGCCAGCGAAAGCAAAGUCGGGUGGUGUUCAACGUGCUCUCAUAGAACAGUGGAAAGUCAAGCUGUUGUACAUGUGCACGUGUUCUUCUGUGGACUCUUCUGUUCAGUGCAUGCUGCAUGAAACAAGCACACAGCUGUGAUACUUGAGUGCAUGGUAUACCGGCGUUGUCGCCCUGUACUGUGUUUUUUUGUGCAAAGAAUAAACUUUGUAUCUCUUUGACUCUUGUAUAUUUGGACUCCAAUAAUGUUUGU